ACAAGAUUCUUCCUUGACACGAGAAAACAAUAUGACCUGGAAAUAUUCUACAAUAAUAUGGAAGCGGUGAAGUCCAGCACUUUCGAUCUCACGAAACCGACUCGUUUGAUUAUCCAUGGUUACAUUGAUGGCAGUGACGAGGAUUGGAUGAAAGAUAUGUCCGACACUCUCUUAGCGAAAGAAUAUCAAAACGUGAUCAGGGUUACCUGGAUUGGCGCGUCUUUGAAAAUAAACUAUGACGAGAGCGUUGUCAACGCGGAAAUCACCGGAGCAAGCACUGCAGUAUUGGUCAACAAUUUGAUUGCUUCAUUUGGAUUGUCUGCUUCUCAGUUCCAUUGCAUAGGACACAGUAUCGGAGCUCAUAUCUGCGGUUACGUUGGUGAUGACGUAUUUGGGCUUGGAAGAAUUUCAGGACUCGACCCAGCUGGAAGAUAUUUCGCGGGCACCGAUGUCGCAGUCAGACUUGAUGAAACUGACGCGUUGUUUGUGGAUGUUAUCCACACUGAUUCGGGCGCAGAUAAAGGCUACGGUACUGGGCAGCAGUCGGGUGAUGUCGAUUUUUGGCCGAAUGGAGGAGUGGAACAACCAGGGUGCGAUCAGAACUUGGUGGUUGGAAUAAUUGGGACCGUAAUUCCGGGACAAUUUGUUGAAUGCAACCAUAUGAGGGCCGUUCACGUCUACUCAGAGUCGAUUCUGUCAUCCUGUCCCUUCAAAUCGUAUCCGUGUACGAGCUACAAUGAUUUUGUCAAUGGAAACUGCUUGACUUGUGAAGACACGGGCUGCCCACAGCAAGGAUUUUAUGCCGACGCCUACGCGGGGAUGGUCUCAAAAACUCAAGCCUAUCUAUGUACAAACGAGGAACCGCCUUAUUGUGAGUACAUGACUCACAUCGGCAUUACUCUUGGUUCAUCUGGAAAGAAGGUUGAUGGAAGUUUCUACGUCACUUUGAUUGGCACAACAGCAACAACACAAGAACAACAACUUGGCGGAAAAGGCACGGAGUACGGACUUGAACCGAACGGUCACUACGAUGCAGUGGUUUACUACGAUACUGACCCCGGUGACGUCACCAGCGUUAACGUCCAAUGGAAACAAGAAGAAAUUGAACUUGGGAAUCAGUUCAUAACUGUGCAACAGGUUAUCGUGUGGAAAGGAGAUACUCAGACAGAGUACAAUUUCUGUGGAGAUGUCGCUGUUGAGCUGCAAGAGAAGACAGGGUACACAUUAUACCCAACUUGCUAAAUGAUUCAGAAAAUGCAACGUUUUAUUAAUUCACCAAUUAAAUAAUAUAAUUUAAUAAGCUUUGGUAUAUAGUUUAUUCCUUUUAAAAAGAUAAUUUUAAAUUAUAUGACGUUAUUUCUGAUGAGCCU